CAAUCAACUGUCUCCUCUAGACUAGAAAUCAUCAUUCAGAGAAAAGUUUAGAAUCAUAGUAGUAGCUGCCAUGGCUCGCAUCUUCCUUUGCGGCUUGCUAGCCGCAGCCAUGCUCUUGUGCAUGCUCGCAGGAGCCCAAGCCGAUGGAUCAUACGACUACAAGAAGCCAUCCUACAAGGCCGAUGAGGAGAAGUCCAAGCCAGCCUACAAGCCACAAGAGGAGAAGAAAUACAAGCCCGAGGACAACUACAAGCCCAAGGAGUACAAAGCCGAGGAGGAGAAGAAGUACAAGCCCAAGGAGGACGAGAAGAAGAGCUACAAGCCGGAAGAGGAGAAGAAGUACAAGGCCGAGGAAGAAAAGAAGUACAAGGACGAAAAGAAGAGCUACAAGUCCGAAGAGGAGAAGAAGAGCUACAAGCCCGAGGAGGAGAAGAAAUACAAGGACGAGAAGAAGAGCUACAAGCCCGAAGAAGAGAAGAAGUACGAGGAGAAGAAGAGCUACAAGCCGGAAGAGGAGAAGAAGUACAAGGACGAGAAGAAGAGUUACAAGUCCGAAGAGGAGAAGAAGAGUUACAAGCCCGAGGAGGAGAAGAAGUACAAGGACGAGAAAAAGAGCUACAAGCCCGAAGAGGAGAAGGAGAGCUACAAGCCCGAGGAGGAGAAGAAGUACCAGGACGAGAAGAAGAGCUACAAGCCCGAAGAAGGGAAGUACAAGGAGGAGAAGAAGAGCUACAAGCCCGAAGAGGAGAAGAAGUACAAGGAGGAGAAGCCGGCUUACAAGCCCGUGGAGAAACCCUCAUACAAGAAAGUUGACGACGAUAAGAAGUACAAGAAGGUCGAGGAAGAGGAGAAGAAGCCAUUCUACACUCCAAAACCAGCUUACAAGCGCGUCGCAAUUGAAGGCUACGUCAAUUGCCAAGAUGGCUACUCCAAGAAGCCACUCGAAGGUGCUGUUGUGAGCCUGAGCUGUGCCAAGAGCGACGCCCCCCUGCAAGAGAAAACCAACGCGUAUGGAUACUUCUACUUCCCACUGGGCUAUGGCGCGUACAAGGAAGUGGAAGUGGAAACCAUCACAGUGAAAUUGGCUUCCUCCUCGAGCAAGAACUGCUACAUUGCCACCAAUGUAAACAAUGGCAAAUCCGGCGCCAAGAUCGACAAGAGCAAGAGCAAAAUCAUCGGUGAGACUCUCGUCUAUGAGGUCGGCCCCUUCGCUUUCGCUCCAGCGAUACCAGCUUACAAAUCGCCCUACCACGCUUGACGCCCCAAUUCUUUGGUCUUGCAUAGAGGAAUAAAAGCGGGAAAACAUUUUUAAGCU